AUGGACCCUUCCGACACCCUCGUCACCCGGCCGUUGAUACCCAUUCAAGCAAGCUCGAUUCACCCCAUCGACCUUAUCCUACCCCCACUGCUCAUCGGCCUCUCACUCAUGAUAUUCGACAUCCAAUCUAAGAAGCUCACCAGAAAGGCCUCCUCCAACUCGCAUCUAUUCAUCAACCAAACCCUGCAUGCUAGGUUCCUCCCAUCAUCCUCAGCUCAUCAAUUCAAAUACUCGCUCAUCCAGUUCGGGCUCGACCUCGACCAUCUCGAGUCUGCUCAGCUCGACAUACCCCAUCUAUUCAGAUUCGCCAAACCCGCAAAUAGUCCUCCACUGGCUACCAGAUUGAGACAGUUCUUUGAUCUAUCCAAUUGGUUAAAAUGCAUCCAGAUCUUCUCAAUCUCUCCCUCAUCUUAUUUCAAAAACACCAAUCAAACACAUUCCAUAAAACAAUCACUCUUCAACCAGCUAGAAGCCACAUUCGGUAUCGAUGACCCUCAUGAAAAGAUCGGAAAAGUCUAUCUGCUCAGUAUGCCUACCUAUCUGGGAUUCACGUCGAUCAACCCUCUUAGCAUUUAUUUUUGUUAUCAGAAACCCACCGAUCCAUCUGAUCCAAUCCAUCCACCACUCAAGUACGUGGUGCUUGAUGUCCAAAACACAUUCUCUGAGCGGCACUCUUAUCUUCUCCAAGUCGGCAUCAACGAGCUCCCAAAUACACAAUCAGGAUUCCAACAUGAAUGGAUUAUCCCCAGGGCGUUUCAUGUUUCCCCUUUCAACGAUCGGUCCGGCUCCUACAAGAUUUCACUUUCAGACCCAUUCUCAAACGCCAAACCAGACGUCCAAUCAGACAUCAGCCUGAAAUUCAAGAUCAUCUUUUUGACCGAAUCGGGCGAAAAGAAGUUUUUCGCGACCCUCAAUGGGACUGGCAAGCCUUUGACCACAUCGAACCUGAUCCGGAUAUGGUCUCGAUAUCCGAUCGUGCUGUUUUUAACCAGUCUGAGGAUCCUUUACGAAUCCUUCAAGCUGCAUAUGGGCAAGCCUCGGCUGGAUGUCUAUCCCAGACCGGAGCCGGUAUUCGAUCAAGAGCAUGCGUUCAAAGGCCCGAAUCCGAUCCAGCAAGGGGGGCAUAUCGGUGCCACUGGGUGGCAAGAACCCGACUGGUGCUCGCGAUGGGCCCAGCAAAUUGUGGUCGACUAUCUCACGCGAAGAGUCAACCAAAUUGCAGAGUCCAGCGCGAAGAUCAGCCAGUCGGCUCACACCCUUGCCCCAAAGAACAGUCCGGACACCGAGCUAACCAGCUUAGGCAGCUUUGUUAAUCUGGCUGAUGAGAAAGUACCAGCUUCAGAAGAAGAAGAGGGAGAGCAGCAGCCCUCAGGCCACUCAGAGCGGCCGAGCAUAGUCACUGUGAUCCUCCAACCAGCCGACCAAACUCAAGCGACCAUUGAGAUCGCUCCUUCUCCAGACAACGAAGGUUCAGAAUCGGGGAUGGUCCACGAAACGUUGACGAUCCAGUAUGGAUCGGCGGGCUUCUUCACAGAUUUGCUCGUGUUCCCCACGCCUUCAAUAGCCCAACUAGUAGGAGAUGAGACGGAAGCCGCCUGGAAAGUGUCGUCGAUGGCGCUGUUCGACCGGGUGUUUGAGAACAGCUUUGUGCGCCAGUACCAGCCGCUGGGCAGCGGGCCGAGCCCGCCACCUGUCCGACUGAGCAAGACACGGGCGUUCGUGGCCGGGCUGAUCAACGGCCUGCGCCGGUUCUAUUUCCGAUGGCUGUUGUCGUUCAUCACCCCCGAGGACCGCAACUUGGCUCAGAUACGCAGACGCUCUUCCUGGUUCCCCCCGCCGAACUUUGUGGCCAUCGACGGCCCGUUCGAGUGCGACUCCAGUCCGAUCGACCGGCCCGGCUUGCUGGCCGAUCUCUCCCUCGCCCUCCGCAUCCUCAUCCUCCUCAUCAACACCAUCUCCGCCGAGCUCUUCAGCUUCUUCCUCUUCUCCCACCUCUUUCGUUUUCGCUUCGUCGACUCUAAACAGCCUUGGCUUAGACUCAAACGCGCUAUCUUUAGAGCUAACCGGAUCCCCUUCAAUGUCCCCGAUCUUGAUCGCCACAUUGGUAGUCUUAGACACCCUUCUUGA